GCGCCCAUUGACAGCAAGCGACAGAGCUCAUAAACGUGUCAAGCUCAAACUGCAGGGGGCAGUAGCGAGACACCAGCUGUCAUGAACCGCUAAAGAAACAGAAGAGCAAGACGAAUCAAACUACACCUGCGCAGAGAUAAUUGACUCUCAGCCCAUGCAUUAGCCCAUCCGUUACCCGCUGCAGUUCUGUCCAUCUUGGGAGGUCAGGACCUGAAAAAGCUUGGCACUGGUGAAGGACUUCAUCAUGGUGGUCAAUCAGGUCCACAUAAGGAUAUGGCUAAUGAUAGCCAGCGUCCUCUUUCUUUCUGUCUAUGGACACACAUCAGGGCCAUAUUUCAUGGUGACAUUUCCUGCAGUGAUAGAGUCUGACUCUGAUGCUAAACUGUGUGUGAGUCUUCUACAGCCUAAUGAGACUCUGCAAAUGAAUGUUUAUCUGGUUCACAACAAUGAGAACAGAACUCUUUUACAAGAGACAGUGGAAAAGGAGAUGCACCACUGCUAUAAUUUUAAGGCUCCACGGGUUGAAGAACGAUCAGUGCAGGAGAUCAAUGUGGAAGUUACUGGUGAAAGUUUUAAGAUGACACAAAAAAGCAAAGUGAUGUUUAAAUCAUACGACAAACUUCUUUUUAUACAGACUGAUAGGCCUAUUUACAAUCCAGGCCAAACAGUGAAUUUUAGAAUUGUUUCUAUGGAUUCUAAUUUUAUCCCACUUGAACAAAAGUACAGCAUGGUGAGCCUUCAGGAUAAUCACCAGAACAGGAUUGGUCAGUGGACAAAUGUCUCCUCGAAAGGCCUGAUACUGCAGCUUUCACAUGAGUUAAAUGCUGAGGCUCCACAGGGAUAUUAUCAGUUACGUGCUAACACUGGAAAUAAGGAGAUUACACACCAAUUUAAGGUGGAAAAGCAUGUUUUGCCCAAGUUUGAGGUCACAGUAAAAGCGCCAGAAGAACACAGUGUUAGUGAUGAGGAAGUAAAUAUAGAAGUCUGCGGAAAGUACACAUAUGGACAACCUGUACCUGGUCAAGCAGAGGUGCAGGUGUGCCGGAAAAUAAACCAGCAUUUUUCUGAGGCACCGUUGAUUUCACCCUGUCUGAGUGAAACUGUGGAGAUGAGUCAGACUGGCUGUGCAUUUCUUCUCAUUAAUGUGUCAACUUUCCUGAAUACUGAAUUGGAACAUAAAUCUGAGAAUAAUCUUCAUAUUACAGUUACGCUCAAAGAGGAAGGAACAGAUAUAUCCAUGGUGAAAACUGAAAAGAUAGAACUUUCUUUCCAAAUUGGUAAAGUGGAAUUCCUCGAUUUACCAACAAACUUUGAACAUGGAAAUGUUAUAAAUGGAAAAAUUAAAGUUACCACCUUCAGGGGAACUCCCAUUCCUAACAAGAAGGUGUAUCUCUCAGAAGGUGAAAGGUGGUCUCAAAAGUUAUUAUUUAAUCUUACUACAGACAGUAAUGGAUUGGCAGACUUCUCAAUCGCUUCACCUGAAGAUCCUGCAACACAGAUCAUAUUGCAGGCAAGUGUCUAUCUCGAGGAAAAAUAUCAUGCACCAAAAACACCAUUCUUUACAACUGCUGAUGCACAAAUACAGCUUCUCCAACCUGCUACACCUUACAGCCCAGUGUUCAGUGAACUGUUAAUAGAGAGCUCAGAGGAAUCAUUUAAAUGUGGUGCUGAAAUUCCAAUAACCAUUAACUACUAUAUAGUUGGGGAAACUACUGAAAAUUUCAGUACUGAUCUCAUAUACACGGUUUUAUCUAAAGGAUCCAUAGUCCAUCAUGGUCAUGAGAAAGUUAAUGUGGAAGACUCUACAGAUGCCAGAAAAGGAAAAAUAUCUUUUACACUCUCUGUUCUUGCUGAGUUCGCUCCUAUAGUCCAGGUUCUAGCAUACACUGUCCUCCCCAGUGAGAAUGUCAUUGCUGCUAGCAAGAAUUUUGAUGUGGAAAAAUGCUUCCAAAAUAAGGUUUCGCUACAGUUCUCUCCCUCCAAGGCAGUUCCUGGUGAGAAAAACACUCUCGAGCUCUCAGCACAUCCUGGUUCACUGUGUGGCCUCAGUGCUGUGGAUCAGAGUGUCUUCAUCCUGGAGUCUGGAGAUCGUCUAAACACUGACAAGAUAUUUCAAUUGUUACCAGUAACAUCGGUAACAAAUUAUCCCUAUGAAGUUGAAGAUGAUCUGGAGUGUUUGUAUGUUAGACCCCGACGGUAUACACAGAGUGACCACGUUUACAAUACAUUAAAGGGAGUAGGGCUGAAGAUGGCAACAAAUUUGGCUGUUAGACAACCUCGCUGUUUGAUGUACAAAGGCAUACAGUAUCACCGGGAUGUUUAUGGUCGAUACCUAGAUUUUGUUCCCCAAGUUGCUUAUUCAAUGGCCGCGCCACACCCAAUGGGAUUAGAAAGUUUUGACUCAGAUUAUGUACAUGUUGAGACAGUGCGUAAGUUCUUUCCAGAAACUUGGAUAUGGCAACUUGAAGAAGUUGGGGCCUCAGGAUCAAUUGAGCUUCCUGUCACUGUUCCUGACACCAUCACAACUUGGGAGACAGAGGCUUUCUGUGUGUCCUCUGAAGGUCUGGGACUGGCUCCUCCCAUUCAGCUCACUGUAUUUCAACCCUUCUUCCUGGAGCUCACGUUACCCUACUCUAUUAUCAGGGGAGAGGUUUUUGAACUGAAGGCCACUGUUUUCAAUUAUCUUUCAAAAUGCAUUAUGGUUAAAGUGACUCCGGCCCCUUCUUCAGACUACACUCUGGAGCCGUCUUCUGAUGGCGAAUAUUCAUCCUGUCUGUGUGCAAAUGGCAGAAAGACCUUCAAAUGGACUCUGAUUCCCUCUGUGCUUGGAGUCUUGAAUGUGACAGUGAGUGCAGAGGCAGAACAAUCCCAGACUAUGUGUGACAAUGAGAUUGUAAGUGUUCCAGAGAGAGGCCGCAUUGACACGGUUACACGGAGCCUGAUUGUAAAGGCUGAAGGAACUGAAAAAACAAAAAGUCAAAGCUGGUUAUUAUGCCCACAAGGCAACAGUGUUUCAGAAGAAUUGGAGCUGAGUCUUCCUGAGGAUGUAAUAGUGGGAUCAGCACGAGCUUCUGUUUCAGUAUUUGGAGACAUACUUGGCAGUGCAUUAAAAAAUCUGGAUGGACUACUAAGGAUGCCAUAUGGCUGUGGAGAACAAAACAUUGCUCUUCUCGCCCCCAAUAUCUACAUUCUUCAGUAUCUAGAAAACACUAAGCAGCUCACCACAGCCAUCCGCGAGAGGGCUACUGGUUUCCUUAAGAGUGGAUACCAGCGGCAGCUUAACUAUAAGCAUUUUAAUGGUGCAUACAGCACAUUUGGCAGUGGAGAGGGGAACACAUGGUUAACUGCUUUUGUCUUGAGGACUUUUGGCAAAGCACAACGUUACAUCUUUAUUGAUCCAGAAGUCAUUAACAGUGCAAAGCAAUGGCUCAUAAAUAUGCAGAGAUCAGAUGGUUGUUUUAUACAACAAGGAAGUCUGUUUAAUAACAGAAUGAAGGGUGGUGUAAAUGAUGAGGUGACAAUUACUGCUUACAUCACUGCAUCAUUCCUUGAACUUGGACAUACAGCCCACGAUGCUGUUGUGAAUAAAGGGUUGUUGUGCCUGAAGUCUUCUAUUGGUAACAUGACAAACACCUACACCACUGCACUGAUGGCCUACACUUUCAGUCUAGCUGGAGAGAAAGACCUUCGGGAGCAGCUACUGAAAGAGCUGGAAAGUGUUGCUAUUUCAGGAGGACAUCUUCACUGGUCUCAAUCAGCAUCAGAUGACUCUGGUGCAUUGUCAGUGGAAAUCAGUUCCUACGUGCUGCUAGCUGUUCUCACUACAAGUGAGCUCUCUGCCGUGGAUUUGGGAUACGCGAAUAGAAUAGUCAGCUGGUUGGUGAGGCAACAAAAUCCUUGGGGAGGCUUUUCGUCCACCCAGGAUACAGUUGUGGCCCUCCAAGCUCUUGCUCUGUACUCUACCAAAGUGUUCAGCUCAGACGGUGCUAGCACAGUAACCAUAAAGUCAGAAGCAGAAAACAGUUACACCUUUGAUGUGAACCAGAACAACAGGUUACUGUACCAAGAAAGAUUAUUGCAGGAUGUUCCUGGCAAGUACAGCAUUGAAGUGAAGGGUUCCAGCUGUGUGUCAGUACAGACAUCACUUUUCUACAACAUCCCCACACCUAGUGAAAGAAGUACUCUAAGCAUCAUGGCUAUGACUGAGGGAAACUGCAAAAAAUCAUUUGGACAUACUUUGGCCAUCGAUUUCUCUGUGAUAUAUAAUGGAGCACUAAACAGCACUAACAUGAUAAUAGUGGACAUAAAACUCCUAUCAGGGUUCACUGCAGAUGCUGGUGAAUUACAAAACCAGAUUUUGGUGGAACGAGUUGAUUCCAAAGAUGACCAUGUUAUGAUGUAUAUAAAAGAGCUCGAAAGGAGCAUUCCUAUCAACUAUAAGUUACACAUUAAACAAGUGCUUCCUGUAAAGAAUCUCAAGCCAGCUGUGAUCAAAGUUUAUGAUUACUACCAAACAAGUGACCAGUCUGAGACGGAGUACACCUCACUGUGUGUGUAAGCUUCCAGAUCUGCAUUAAAGACAGAAAAUUUUUGAAAUCCUUCGGCGUGCUUUCUUCUCAUGCAAGAGGCCUUUUAUGGCAUGUCCAUACACUGCCUGGCCAAAAUGUCACACACUGUAAUAUUAAUUAUAUAUACAGUAUAUACCAGCUUCUGCUUCAAUUACUGCUAGAGCAACGUUUUAAUCUUGUGCAAUGUUGCAAAAUGUUUUUCCAUUUAGAGUAGCAUUCAUUUCUUUCCAAGAUCUUGUGUUGAUGAUGGAAGAUGUGGAUUGCUGCAUAAGGUCUUCUCCAGCACAUCCUAAAAAGAUUCUCAAUGGAAUGGGGUCUGGAGUAUACAUCUGUAUCCGUUUAUGGUUUUCUCUUACAGUCCAGAGAGUAGGUUAAUUGUUUUUCCAAAUUGACCAUAGUGUAUAUUUGCUUGUGUGCCCUGUAAUGGAUUGGCACCCUGUCAGGGUGUACACUGCCCCAUAUUCUGAGUCUCCGGGGAUUGGACCCUAAUGAGUGUUUCAGAACGUGCAAAUACCUAUAAGUUUGGUGUGUGAUAAUUGCUACAUCUGUGUAUGUGAUAAAAUUGAUUUAAUAAAACUGGAUAAUCUCUA